AUGCUAAACCUAUUUUGGCACCUCUUGCAACUCAUCCUAAGCUCACACUACACACGAGAAGUUUCAUCUGAUCCACAUGAGUAUGGACGCAUUGUUGGAAGUCUCCAAUAUCUUGCUCUCACUCGUCCAGACGUCUCAUAUGAUGUUAAUAGGUUAUCGCAGUCCAUGCAUCAACCAACCUCUGAUCAUUGGCAGGCUGUUAAGAGGGUCCUUCCCUAUCUCUCAGGAACUUUGACACAUGGGAUCUUCUUGCGCAAACAAUCAAAACCAACCUUACAUGCUUUCUCCGACGCAGAUUGGGCUGGAGAUUCCGAUGAUUAUGUCUCCACCAAUGCAUACAUUAUCUUCCUUGGAUCACAAACAAUUUCCUGGACAUCCAAAAAGCAGAACGGCGUAGCGAGAUCUACUACUGAAGCUGAGUACCGCUCAGUAGUAAACACGGCAUCUGAGCUACGCUGGAUUGUUUCACUACUCAUGGAACUUGGUGUUCCUCUCCACUUGUGUCUUACUGUCUACUGCGAUAACAUAACCAAACCUUAG